AUGGCUCAACAACCUGGAGAUCUCUUGGAUCCCUUCACCAAAGACCACGCAGCUUCCUUGGAUGCCGCCGACCCCCUGUCACAUUUCCGUUCAGACUUCUAUAUUCCAACUCUAGCAGACCUGACGAGGCCGACGCUGGCCACACCCCCUGAAGAACAGCCUUCACCACCGUGCACUUACCUGUGCGGCAAUUCCCUCGGCGUCCAACCCGUCCGGACAGCAGACCUCAUCAACGCCUUUUUGACCCAAUGGCGCACCAAAGCCGUCAUCGGCCACUUUGUCGAGCAGGCCGAUUCUCCCUUACCACCGUUCCUGCAUAUCGACGAUCACGCGGCAAAGCUCAUGGCGCCGGUCGUGGGCGCACGCGAACACGAGGUCGCUGUCAUGGGCUCGUUGACUGCGAACCUGCAUCUUCUGAUGUCAAGCUUCUAUCGUCCGAGUAGGAAGGGAGAGGGCCGGUGGAAGAUCCUGCUUGAGGGCAAGGCUUUCCCGAGCGACCAUUACGCCGUGGAGUCGCAAAUUGUGCAUCACGGCCUGGACCCCGCCGAGGCCAUGGUCCUGUUGGAACCGGCAGAUGCCCGUUUUCCAACCUUGCCUACGGAACAGAUCCUACAGACCAUCGACCAUCAUGCUUCAGAACUUGCGUUGAUCCUUCUUCCCGGCAUUCAGUUCUACACUGGCCAAUACUUCGACAUCCAAACCAUCACUGCUCAUGCCCAUUCACAUGGGAUCUUGAUAGGUUGGGACUGUGCCCAUGCCGCCGGAAACGUCGAUCUGAAACUUCACGACUGGGACGUCGACUUUGCCGCUUGGUGCAAUUACAAAUAUCUCAACUCGGGCCCGGGAGCAAUGGCUGGCAUCUUUGUCAACGAACGAUUCGGGAACGUCGACAUGGAGAGUCCCGCAGAAAAAUUCUGGCCGCGUUUAACGGGCUGGUGGGGAGACGAUAAGUCCAGCAGAUUCCAAAUGACGAACAAAUUCGUCCCCAGACCCGGGGCUGCAGGUUACCAGGUUUCCAACCCAAGCGCGCUUGACCUUGCCGCAGUCGUUGCUUCACUACAAGUGUUCAAUGAGACGUCCAUGGAACAGUUGCGAGAGAGGUCUGUAAGGUUGACCCUCUAUCUAGAGCAACUCUUGGACGCGAUGGCCCUGAGAAAGCCUGGUGUUUUCGACAUCAUUACUCCCAGAAAUCCCAGAGCGAGAGGGGCACAGCUGAGCAUUCGAUUGGCGCCUGGCCUGCUUGAUACUGUGCUGGAGCACCUUGAACGGGAGGGUGUUGUAGUGGAUGAGAGAAAACCCGACGUUAUCAGAGUCGCGCCAGCUCCGUUGUACAACUCCUUCACAGACGUGCUCCGCUUUUCCCAGAUCUUGGAAGCUGCUCUAGAGAAGGCAUCGGGCUGA